UCUCAAGGCUGGAAAAUAAGCAAAGUGGAAACUCCUCUGUCUUUGCAUCAAGAUGUGGUGUUGCCGAAUCUUCAGUGUGCUGAUGGCAUCCUUGAGCAUCACCCUACUCUUGAUGGCACUCAGCACCGAUUACUGGAUAGCAACUUUUUCUGCCAUAGGGACAUCCCACAGUGGGCUGUGGCAGGCCUGCAUAAAUACUAGAUCUGGCAAAAGCCAAUGCUUUGCUCUAACGGAGACCUUUGGCUACAUCACAGCUGCCCGUGUGUUUCUGAUUCUGGCUUCCCUGGUGGCUCUGGCAUUACACUUCCUUCUUAUUGCCACCUUCAUGCCUUCUAUGUGUGGCAUCCUGGGCAAGCCCUUGAUUGCUUCCGUGGCUGCCUGUGUGGCUGGAUUCUUCACUCUAAUAGCCCUAGCUGUGUAUACUGCUGAAACAUGGAACGAGAAACCACCACCUCAAAUCCAGGUCACCUUUGCAUGGUCCUUCUACUCUGGAUGGAUAGCUUUCCCCUUGUUUCUCUUGGCUGGCAUAUUCAACCAUGUUGCCUCCUUGAACACUCCAUCUUCUGGCUAUGAAAGUAUGUGAACAUCCCAGUCAACGAGAGAGCAAGCGAAAUUGUAUGGAAGUGCUUUCUCUCAACAAGAGGAUGCCUCAUCUCUGCUUUUCCUGCACCAGUGGAUCUUCCCCCCUCCAGUGCAUUGCUCAGCUCUACAGUUUUGCUCACUUUCCAAACCUUUUAUCUUGCCUUUUAUAGAGCAGUGGCUUUUUGAUAGAAACUAGGAGCAAUUUUGAUAAUGAGC